AUGAUAGCACUAUGGUGCACUCAGGAGGAUCCAUCUCUAAGGCCAACCAUGAAAACUGUCUCACUCAUGCUCGAAGGAGUUUUAGAAGUCCCUGUCCCUCUGGAUCCCUCCUCUUUUGUUUGUUCUAAGAGUGUUGUGCUCUUUGGAGGAGGGCAAGGGCUGAGAAGCCAACUCUUACCUAUUGAUGAACUUCUGAAGCUCCUAGUUAUCUACCGUUCCUGUUUC